AUGCCUAUCACCAAGAUCCACGCUCGUUCCGUGUACGACUCUCGCGGUAACCCCACCGUUGAGGUGGACGUUGUCACUGAGACUGGUCUGCACCGCGCUAUUGUUCCUUCCGGAGCUUCUACUGGCCAGCACGAGGCUCACGAGCUCCGUGACGGUGACAAGACCCACUGGGGCGGCAAGGGUGUCCUCAAGGCCGUCAAGAAUGUCAACGAGACCAUUGGCCCUGCUCUCAUCAAGGAGAACAUCGAUGUGAAGGACCAGUCCAAGGUUGACGAGUUCCUUAACAAGCUUGACGGAACUGCCAACAAGUCCAAUCUCGGUGCUAACGCCAUCCUCGGCGUCAGCUUGGCUGUUGCUAAGGCUGGUGCUGCUGAGAAGGGUGUCCCUCUCUACGCUCACAUCUCCGACCUCGCCGGUACCAAGAAGCCCUAUGUCCUUCCCGUUCCCUUCCAGAACGUCCUGAACGGUGGUUCUCACGCCGGUGGCCGUCUCGCUUUCCAGGAGUUCAUGAUCGUUCCUGACUCCGCCCCCUCUUUCUCUGAGGCCCUCCGCCAGGGUGCCGAGGUCUACCAGAAGCUGAAGGCUCUGGCCAAGAAGAAGUACGGCCAGUCCGCUGGCAACGUCGGUGACGAGGGUGGUGUUGCUCCCGAUAUUCAGACCGCUGAGGAGGCCCUCGACCUGAUCACCGAGGCCAUCGAACAGGCCGGCUACACCGGCAAGAUCAAGAUCGCCAUGGACGUCGCCUCCAGCGAGUUCUACAAGGCCGACGUCAAGAAGUACGACCUUGACUUCAAGAACCCCGAGAGUGACUCCUCCAAGUGGCUCACUUACGAGCAGCUUGCCGACCUGUACAAGUCCCUUGCUGCCAAGUACCCCAUUGUCAGCAUUGAGGACCCCUUCGCUGAAGAUGACUGGGAGGCCUGGAGCUACUUCUACAAGACCUCCGACUUCCAGAUUGUCGGUGAUGACCUGACUGUUACCAACCCCGAGCGUAUCAAGAAGGCCAUCGAGCUCAAGUCCUGCAACGCCCUCCUGCUCAAGGUCAACCAGAUCGGUACCCUCACCGAGUCCAUCCAGGCUGCCAAGGACUCCUACGCCGACAACUGGGGUGUCAUGGUCUCCCACCGCUCCGGUGAGACCGAGGACGUCACUAUUGCCGACAUUGCCGUCGGUCUGCGUUCUGGCCAGAUCAAGACCGGCGCUCCUGCCCGUUCCGAGCGUCUGGCUAAGCUGAACCAGAUCCUCCGUAUCGAGGAGGAGCUCGGUGAGAACGCCGUCUACGCUGGUUCCAAGUUCCGCACUGCCGUCAACCUGUAA